AUGGACGUACCGGCAGUGGACGGGCUAGAGAUAAUAGACUUCACGAAGAGAGGAGAGGAAGGAUCACAUCCUAUCGAAAUACGGCUCACGAACGGAAGAAAAGUACUCGUACAUAAGGAAAAUGCUUAUGAAAACUAUUACCAAGACGGCCGCUCGUUUGACGAUGUGGACUCGGACGAGGAUUCGCUGCUCCAAUUUGAGUUCAAUUUCCAACUGCACAAGGAUGGCCUCAAUAGAGCUAGCAAUAGAGAGCUUGAGAUUCAGGAAAUGCGAAACGUUGGGAACACAAUUCAUUCCAAUCCGAUGGCAGUCUACCAUAAAAAUAUAUUAUGGUGUUACGCUUACGGAUUGACUGCGGUCAAGGAAGACAAUGGUGGUGUGUAUACUUUUGCUUUAAAAUAA